ACCCUAUUCAAGUUAUCUCUCUGGUUCACCUCUCUAUUCGAGUUCUCUCUGGUUUGGACACGACAAACGGCCAUUUAGAGCCACAAUUUCUUCGAAUUCCAGACGGCUAUACACAUCAAUUUGGAGCAAAAAAUCAAGGUCUUCUCUACAAGGACUACCAGAGCGACCAAAAGUUUAGUGUCACUACUUACUCUUCUACUGGUGUUGAGAUCUUUGCAGUGGAUGCACAUGCUAGUGAAAUUGAUUUUAAGCGAGUAACUGGUGGAGUUUCUAAAAGUUUGAGAAAAUAUAGACAUAGAUUGAAGAAUCAUUUUGAUAAGCAUCUUCCAUUUGAGAAUGCACGCUUGCAUCCUUAUGUAGGCAUUCAUAUUGAUCUUUGGAAAAACUUGUGCGAUUGGUGGAUGUCACCAGAAUUUCAGAAAAUAAGUGAAAGAAAUAAAGCUAAUCAUUCGAAGAAUGACAUUCCACAUGUUUCAGGAUCGAUGUCAUUCGUUAGACGUUAUGAUGGUUAUGUAAAAGAAAGUGAAGAAAGGCAGAGUGAAGAGGAUGGGGAAGUUGAAAGUCACCAGGAGGGUCCUGCUAUUCGCCUAUACAAGGAGACACAUUGUAGGGAAGAAACUGGAUGGGUACAUGAGAAAGCUAAGCGGAACUACGAUGAAAUGAUGGAUAAGGCUUCCCAAAUUUGUCAAAAUUUUGAUAGUACCAAUCCAGUGAGAAAUGAUGUUGAGAUAGUGCAAAACCAACUACGUAUCAGGAAAGGAUAUCCCUGUGGGUUCGGACAUGGUUUCGUGAUUCCAAGCCGUCAACGUGCAUUCUCAUCUUAUGAAGAGGCUUCUCGUAAAAGAGCAGAAAUUGCUGAGGAAAAUAAUGCACAACUUAAGGAGGAAGUAAAAGGUUUGCGGGAAUAUAUGCAAAGAAUUGAGAAGAUGCUUCAACAGCAGCAGCAGCCGCCGCCAUGGUGGCAAUAUCAGCAAUCCUCGUCAGAUUCCCAACAAGAAGCAGCCCCGCCAAGCGGGUAUGAGCAUCCAUCACCCCCAGACUCUCACCUUCAACAGUCGCCACCACCAUGAUGGCAAUUUCAGCAGCCGCCGCCACCAUGGAGGCGAUAUCAUAACCACCCACGAGCACCACCACCACCACCACCACCACCACAACCAUAACCACAACUACAACCACAAAUCGAAUGACGAAUAUGAUGGCCGGAGCUAAAUAUUUUGGUACAAAAUUAUGAAGCUUUCUUAUGACUUGAUAUCUAGCCCUUUUUGUCUUUUAACUACAGCUUUCUUAUGACUAGUUGAUAUCUAGCUUUUUUUGUGUUUCAACUACAGAUUCUAUUGGGCAUUUAAAACUAAUGAUGCUUUGAUUUUUGAACAUAUAUGUUAGAAGAUGUUUAAAGUUUAUUUUUAUAUUCUAUAUGUCAUAUGCUUUUGAUAUCAUCUAUGGUGCAUGAUUUGAGUUUUCAGUUAAGAGUUUUGAGUUUUUCUUAUAAAGAACUUGAGAAGAAAAAAAACAUACAAACGUCAAACAUAGUUGGGGAACAUACAAACGAAUCAAACGUAGCUACCCCCCCCCC